CUAGGUCAUGUGACACUCAUCACCUGGUUCCGUCAACGAGGAAGGGACAUCACACGCAGAACUCAGAGCCGUGGUUCUUUAAAACCUUUGAAAAAAUGAGCGUCGCUUUGGAUUUGAGACUCAAGCGUGCGAACAAAGUGUACCACGAAGGGGAGGUGCUGGCCGGAGUGGUGGUGGUCACCAGUAAGGAGGCAGUGCAGCAUCAGGGCAUCUCUCUCACCAUGGAAGGCCUUGUGAACCUGCAGCUCAGCUCCAAAAGUGUUGGAGUGUUCGAGGCUUUCUACAAUUCUGUGAAGCCCAUUCAGCUCAUCAACAGUAACAUUGAGGUGGCUAAACCAGGCAAAGUCCCAGGAGGCAAAACUGAGAUUCCAUUCGAGUUCCCACUGCAAGCAAAGGGAAACAAAAUGCUGUACGAGACGUAUCACGGCGUUUUUGUCAACAUUCAGUACACCCUCCGUUGUGAUAUGAGGCGCCCUCUGCUGGCAAAGGACCUGAGCAAAACCUGUGAAUUCAUGCUUCAUUGUCAGCCACAGAAAUCCAAAGUGCAGCCGAGUCCAGUUGAUUUCACCAUCACACCGGAGACGCUGCAGAAUGUGAAAGAGAGGAGUUCUCUCCCAAAGUUCCUGAUCAGAGGCCACCUGGACGCUACUAACUGUGUGAUUACACAGCCUCUCACGGGGGAGCUGGUGGUGGAGAGUUCAGAGGUCGCCAUCAAGAGCAUCGAGUUGCAGCUGGUUCGUGUGGAAACAUGCGGCUGCGCUGAGGGCUACGCCAGGGAUGCAACAGAGAUUCAGAAUAUCCAGAUUGCAGAGGGAGACGUGUGUCAUGGCCUGCCUAUCCCUAUAUUCAUGGUCUUUCCUAGACUCUUCACUUGCCCCACACUUGAAACCACAAACUUUAAAGUUGAGUUUGAGGUCAACGUGGUGAUCGUUCUUCACGAUGAUCAUUUAAUAACGGAGAACUUCCCCUUGAAGCUGUGCAGAGUGUGACAGCAGAACCUGCAGAUUCACUGAUGUCUUCUGGAGGAUUUUUGGGAAGAGGCCUUACAAGUGUUUCAAGUCCCAGACAUGAAUUGCUGCGAUUAAAGGGACAGUUCUUGGUGCUGCAGGAAUGCAGCAACUGUAAUACAAACAGUGCUUUAUUGGUCAACUGAGCCAGGCUAAGAGCAACAGCCAGAUGUUAUCAGCAAAUUCCAAUAAGUGACAGCACUUAUCUCUGUACAUAGUCUUCUGCUCUUGGAUGCUUCACUAAAACUGGACAUUCGAAGACACCCAGUGCCAAGUCAUGAUAGAGAACAGAGCAAACCGUGGAACUUGGCAGCUUUUAGUCAGUUACUCCCUCAUUGUGAAUGUGUUACUACGUGCUUUCUUUAAUCUGUUCUCAGAUUCCUCGCAGCAUCCAUCUAGAUUCAUUCACACCAUGAAGUUCAAACGUAAGCGAGGUCUGAGUGUAAGAGAUACAGCCCUUAUAUCUCAGUCAUGUGUUUUAAAAUAUUAAUAAGGCAUAUUUAAAUUUACACUCGGUUCCUGAAUAAUCCGAGUCUGUAUCUGUCUCAUGGUAAUUACUUGUUAAAAAAGCUCAGCUGAAAGUAA